AUGGGGGUUGGGUUUUGGUGGAAUGUGGUGGGGGGGUUGUUUUGUUUUGUUGGGGGUUGGUUGGUUGGUUUUUUUUGUUAUGUGUGUUUGGGGGGUUGGGUGGUUUGUGGGGUUUUUGUGUGUUUUUGGUGUUGUGGGUUUUGGGGUGGGUUAUGUGUGUUUGUGGGGUUGGGGGUGUUUUUUGUUGUGUGGGGUGGUGUGUGGGUUUGGUUGUGUUGGUGGUUUUGGUUGUGUUAUGGUGUGUGUUGUGAUGGUUUGGGGGGGGUAGGGGAUUGGUUGGAGGGUGGGGAUGUUGGGUUGGUUGGGGGAGUGUUAUGGGGUGUGAUGUUUUGUUGGUGGGUGUUUGGGGGUUGGGUGGGGGUGGGGUGGGUUUGUGGGUGGUUGUGGGUGGGUGGUGGGUUUUGGGGGGGGUGUGGGUGGGGGUGUGGGUUGUGUUGGGGUUGGGGUGUUGUUGUUUGGGUUUGUGGAUUGUGUGGGGGUUUUGGUUUGGGUGGGUUGGGUUUGUUGGUGGGAUUUGUGGGGGGGGGGGUGGUUUUUGGUUGGGUGGGUGUUGGUGGGGUGGGGGGUUUUGGUAGGGGUGGUGUAAUAGGGGGGGGGGGGGUAGGGGUAGGUUAUUGGGUAGUGGUGGUGUAUGGUAGGGUUGGGGGUGUUUUUUGGUGGGUUUUGGAGGGUGGGUAUGGUGGUGGGUGGGUUUUAGGGGUGGGGUUUGUUGGUGGGGUUGGGUGGGUGGGGGGUUGGGUGGUUUGUGUGGUUGGGGUUUUGGUGGUGGGGGGGGGGGUGGGGUGUGGGGGGGGGGGGGGGGGUGGUGGGGGGGUGUUGGGGGUGGGGGGGUGGGGGGGGUGGGGUGUUUUUGGGGGUGGUGGGGUGGGGUGUGGGGGGGGGUUGUGGGUGGGGGGUUUUGGGGGGUUGGGUGGUGUGUGGGGGGGGUGGUGGUGUGUGGUGGGUUGUGGUUUUGGUGGGGGGUGUUGGGGGGUGUGUUUUUGGGGGGGUUGUUUGGUGGUUUUGGAUGUUUUUGGGGUUUGGGGGGGGGGUGGGUGGUGGGGGUGGGUGGGUUGUGUGGGUUGGGGGGGGGUGGUAUGUGUGUUGGUUGUGGGGGUGGGUGGGGGUGGUUGGUGUGGGGGGGGGUUGGUUGGGGGGGUGUGUGGGGGGGGGGGUGUUGGUGGGGGGGUGUGGGUGGGGGGGGUGGUGGGGGUGGGGGUUGUUUUUGGGGGGGGGUGUUGGGGUGGGGGGGGGGUUUGGGGGGGUGUGGGGGGGUGGUGUGUUUGGGGUGGUGGUGGGUGUGGGGGGUGGGGGUGGGGUUUUAUGGGGUGGGGGGGGUGUGGGGGGGUGGGGGUUUGGGGGGGGUUGGGUGGGGGGGGGGGGUUGGGGUGGGUGGUGGGGGGGUUGGGGGGUUGGGGGGGGUUUUGGGGUGGGGGGGUUGGUUUAGGGUUGUGUGUGGAUUGUGGUGUUGGGGUUGGGUGUUUGGGUGUGUUUGGGGUGUUUUGGGGGUGUGGUUGGGGUGUGGGUGGGUUUGUAUUGGGGGGGGUGGGGGGGGGGGGGGGGGGGUUGGUUGUUGUUGGGGGUGGUUUUGGGUUGGGGUGUGAGGUGGUGUGUUUGGGUUUGGUGUUGUUUGGGGGGUUUGGGGUGGGGGGGUGGGGGGGGGUUGGAUGGUUGGGGGGGGGGUAUUUUGGGUGUUGGGUUUGUGGGUGUGUUGUUGGGGUGGUGGGGGUGGGGGGGGGGGGGGGGGUUGGGUGGUGGUGUGGGGGGGUGUGGUUGGGGGGGUGGGGGGGGGGGGGGGUGUGGGGGGGGUGGUGGGUUGGGUGGGGGGGAGUGUGGGGGGGGGGUGGGGUUUUUGGGUUGGUGGGUUUGUUUUUGUUGGGGGGGGGGGGGGUGGGGUGGGGGGGUUGGGGGGGUUGGGGGUGUGGGGGGGGUGGUGUGUUUUGGGGGGGGUUGGUGUUGUGUUGUGUUGUGUGGGGGGGUGUUGGUGGGGGUUUGGGGGUGGGGUUUUGGGUGUGGGUGUUUGUGUGGUUUGGGUUGGGGGGGGGGGGUAUGGGGGGUGGGGUGGGUUUGGUGGGGGUGGUGUGGUGUGGGGGUUGUGGGGGGGUGGGUUGGGUGGGGUGUGGUUUGAGUGUGGUGGUUUGGUUUUUGGUUUGUUUUGUGGGGUUGGUUGUGGGUGGGGGUGGGGGGGUGGGGUGUGGGGAGGGGUUUUGGGUGGGUGGGUUGGGUUUUUGGGGGGGGGGGGUGUGGGGUUGUGUUGUGGUUGUGGGGGGGGUGUUUGUGGGGGGUGGGGUUGGUGGGGGGGGGUGGGGGUGGGUGGUGUUUUGUUGGGGGUUGGGGUUGUUUGGGGUUUUGGGUGGGUGUUUUGUUGUGUGGGGGGUGUGGGUGUUGGGGGUGGUUGUGGUGUGGUGUGGGUGGUGGUGUUGGGGGGGGGGGGGGUUUGUGGGGGGGUGGUGGGGUUUGGUUGGGUGGGGGUGGGUGUGGUGUUGGGGGGGGGGGUGGGGGUGGGGGGGGGGUGUGUUUUGGUGGGUGGUGGGUGGUGGGGGGGGGGGGGGGGGGGGGGGGGGGUUUGGUGGGGGUGGUGUGGGUGUGUGGGGGGGGGGGGGGGGGGGUUGUUGGGUGGUUGGGUUUUUUUGUUUGGUGGGUGGUGUGGGUGGGGGGUGGUGGGUGUUGGGUUUGGGGUGUGUGGGGGUGUGGGGGGUGUGUGGGGGUGGUUGGGGUGGUGGGUUGUGUGUGUUGGGGUGUUGGGGUGGGGUGGGGGUUUGGGGUGUGGGGGUUGGGGGGUGGGGGGGGGGGUUGUGGGUGUUUGGUGUGUUGGGUGGGGGGGGGUUGGUGGGGGGUUGGGGGGGGUGGGGUUGUUGGUGGGGUGGGUGGGGGGGGGUUGGUGGUUUGUGGUUUUUGUGUGUUUGUUUUGUGUUUGGGGGGUGUGGGUGGUUGGGGGUGGUUGUGGUGUGGUUGGGUGGUGUUUGGGGGGGGGGGGGGGGUUUUGGGGGGGGGGGUUGGUGGGGUGUUGGUGGGUGGGGGUGGGUUGGUGUGGGUUGGGAGGGGGGGGGGGUGUGGGGGGGGGGUGGGGGGUUGGGUUUGGGGUGGUGUUGUGGUGGGGUGUGUUUUUGGGGGUUGGUGGUGGGUGUGUUUGGGGGGGUGGGUUUGGGAGGGUGGGUGUGGGGGUGGUGGGGUGUUGGUGGUGGGGGUGUGGUGUUGGGGGGUGGUGGGGUGGUGGGGGUUUGUGUGGUGGUGGUGGGGGUGUGUGGGGGGGUUGGUUGGGGUGUUUUUUGGGGUUGGGGGGGGGGGGGGGGGGGGGUGGGGGUUGGUGGGGGGUGGGUUUUGUGGGGUUUGUGGGGGGGGUGGGUGGGGGGGGGGGGGGGGGGUGGGGGGGGGGUUGGGGGUGGGGGUGGUUGGGUUGUUGGUGUGGGGUGGGGUGGGGGUUGGGGGGGUUGGGGUGGAGUUGGUGUUGUUUUUUUUUUGGGGGGGGGGGGGGUGGGGGGGGGGGGGGGGGGGGGGGGGGGGGGUGGUUUUGGGGGGUGUGUGUGUUUGGGGUGUGGUGUGGGGGGGGGGGGUUUUGGGUUGGGGGGGGGGGGGGGUGGGGUGGGGGUGGGUUGUUUGGGGGUGGUGGGUGGGGUGUGGGUGGGGGGGUGGGGGUGGGGGGUUGUGUGGUGGGGUGGGGGUUGUGGGUUGGGGGGGUGGGGUGGGUGUUGGUGUGGGUUGGGGGGGGGGGGGUGGGGGGGGGGGGGGGGUAUGGUGUGGGUGGUGGGUGGUGUUGUUUGGGGGUUUUUUGUGAGAUUAGGUAUGUUUGUUGGGGGGGGGGGUUAUUUUUGGGGUGUGGGGGGUGGAGUUGGUAAUGUUGGAUGGUUUUUUUGUUUUGGGGGGGUGUGGGUGAUUGUGUUUUGGUGGUUGUGGUUUGUUUGUUUUUGUGGGGGUGGUGGGGGGGGGGUUGUGGGGGGGGGGGGGGGUUGGGGGGGUGUGGGGGGUGUGGUGGGGGGGUUUGGGUUUUGGGGGUGGUGGGGGGUGUUGGGGGGGUGUGGGGGGGGGGGUGGGGUGGUUGUUGGGGGGGGGGGGGGGUGUGUUUUUUUGUGUGGGGUUGUUGGUGUGGGUUUUUUAUAA